GGAGUACUUUGCUUCAGCGCAAUGUCUAAACAGUUGCGUUACCGUAACAUGAUUUUCUUCUUUGGCCUGUGUUGAUAUCUAUGCCUUUGAAUUCCUCAAGACAAACGAGCCGGUAGUUAUUUCUUGAAAUGGAUAGCAAGUACUACGACCUUGACAUUCCUCUUGAGGCAGUGAAUGCAUGUCUUCUUGCACGAAUUUUCGACUGUGGAUAUCAGUAUGUGGCAGUCAACCAGCGUGUGUCAAUCGACGACUUCAAUUUCAACGUCAAAUCAGAAUCUGUCGUCCGAAAGAAAAGCAAAGAAGAAAGACAAACCAUGCGUCUGGAUCUCACCGCAAAGCUGGAACCACCAUCCACAGAAAUGCUUGAAAAGCACAUUGAGGAAAGUAGUGUCUAUCGAGCAUCAGUAUCUUCUCCUACUGUAUCGUGUAAGCCACGGAUUUUCAAACGCCUGACACUACAAUGUAAUAGUGCCGAGAAUGCUGGCCUGUUCUUCCGUCAAUUUGAGAACAAACUUAAUUCUUUUGAUAUCGUGAGUUUCUGUCCCACAUCAAACGAAGCUCUUGCGUAUGCAUGUGAAAAGGCUGUAAACAUCGACCUUAUCACGGUUGAUCUCACAAAAUCAAGUGAAAUCCGUCUUCUAAGCAAGCAAUGCAACUUGAUGAUGUCAAAAGGUAUCCACCUUGAAUUCCAACUUGCACCAGUACUUCGUUCAUCUUCGAGUACCUAUAGUGCACGUUCAGUCUUAUCACAAUACUUUAGCAGUUUGCUUUGCUUAUCACGAAAAUCGUUUGUCAACAUGAUAGUUGUCAGCUCCGGAGCUUCCUGUGGUUGGGAAGUUCGUCGACCAGUGGCAGUAUCGGCCAUGCUAAGCUGUCUUGGAUUACAACCUCGGGAAGCUACUCAUUCCUGUCUUACUAAAGCACCUUUCGCUGUUGUAACUCAUGGUCUUAUGCGAAGCAAAACUGCACAUGGUGCAGCUGCACUUUUAAAGCUAUUGUCAAUGCCAAAUGUUUCAUCAAUUUCUGUUAAACCCUGUGUAAAUAAACAAUCUGCAGAAAAUGACUCUGGUGAAAGUAAACUACCGUGUAAAAAGAUAAAACUGAUGUAAUGAUUA